CCCCUCCUCGUCACUAAUUUAGACCCCGGGCCUCGUUUUCUGAGUGUAAGAGGGGGUGCGGUCUUCCCCAAGACAGCCCGCUGGAAGGACAGAUUCCCCUUGCCGACCCACAUACACCAUGAAGAGGUGCAAAUCGGACGAGCUGCAGCAACAGCAGGGCGAGGAGGAUGGAGCUGGGCUGGAAGAUGUCGCUGGCCACCUGCCGGGCGCGGACCUCCGGCCUGGGGAGGCCACGGGUGCUAACUCGGCAGCCGGGCCAACUUCAGAUGCGGGCGCUGCCGCGGCGCCCAACCCGGGGCCCCGAAGCAAGCCUCCUGAUUUAAAGAAAAUCCAGCAGCUCUCAGAGGGCUCCAUGUUUGGCCACGGCCUGAAGCACCUGUUCCACAGCCGGCGCCGGUCACGGGAGAGGGAGCAUCAGCCGUCUCAGGAUUCCCAGCAGCAGCAGGGCAUGUCCGACCAUGACUCCCCGGACGAGAAGGAGCGCUCCCCGGAGAUGCACCGCGUCUCCUACGCCAUGUCCCUGCACGACUUGCCCGCGCGGCCCACCGCCUUCAACCGCGUGCUACAGCAGAUCCGCUCCCGGCCAUCGAUCAAGCGGGGCGCCAGCCUGCACGGCGGCGGGGGCGGCGGGGGUGGCGGCGGCAGCCGGCGCACCAAGAGCAGCUCCCUGGAGCCCCAGCGCGGCAGCCCCCACCUGCUGCGCAAGGCCCCCCAGGACAGCGGUCUGGCCGCCAUCCUGCACCAGCACCAGUGCCGCCCCCGCUCCUCCUCCACCACCGACACGGCCCUGCUGCUGGCCGACGGGGCCAAUGUGUACCUCCUGGCCGAGGAGGCCGAGGGCGGCGGCGACAAGGUUGACAAGGGAGACCCGGUGGCCCUGAGCCUCCCCGGCGGCCCUGGCCACAGUGACACCGAUGGCCCCAUCAGCCUGGAUGUGCCAGACGGGGCCCCGGACCCCCAGCGGACCAAGGCUGCCAUUGACCACCUGCACCAGAAGAUCCUGAAGAUCACCGAGCAGAUCAAGAUUGAGCAGGAGGCGCGGGACGACAACGUGGCCGAGUACCUAAAGCUGGCCAACAACGCGGACAAGCAGCAGGCUUCGCGCAUCAAGCAGGUGUUCGAGAAGAAAAACCAGAAGUCGGCGCAGACCAUCGCACAGCUGCACAAGAAGCUGGAGCACUACCGCCGGCGCCUGAAGGAGAUUGAGCAGAAUGGGCCCUCGCGGCAGCCCAAGGACGUGCUGCGGGACAUGCAGCAGGGGCUGAAGGACGUGGGCGCCAAUGUGCGCGCAGGCAUCAGUGGCUUCGGGGGUGGCGUGGUGGAGGGCGUCAAGGGCAGCCUCUCGGGCCUCUCGCAGGCCACCCACACCGCCGUGGUGUCCAAGCCCCGGGAGUUCGCCAGCCUCAUCCGCAACAAGUUCGGCAGCGCCGACAACAUUGCCCACCUGAAGGACCCUCUGGAGGACGGGCCCCCCGAGGAGGCGGCCCGGGCGCUGAGCGGCAGUGCCACCCUAGUGUCCAGCCCCAAGUACGGCAGUGACGACGAGUGUUCUAGCGCCAGUGCCAGUUCAGCCGGGGCGGGCAGCAACUCGGGGGCCGGGCCAGCAGGGGCGCUGGGGAGCCCCAAGUUGAACGCGCUGUAUGGGGCCCCCGGCAACCUGGACGCUCUGCUGGAGGAGCUACGGGACAUCAAAGACGGUCAGUCCCACCUGGAGGACUCGAUGGAGGACCUGAAGGCUCAGCUGCAGAGGGACUACACCUACAUGACCCAGUGUCUGCAGGAGGAGCGCUACAGGUAUGAGCGCCUGGAGGAGCAGCUCAAUGACCUGACGGAGCUUCACCAGAAUGAGAUGACCAACCUGAAACAGGAGCUGGCUAGCAUGGAGGAGAAGGUGGCCUACCAGUCCUACGAGAGGGCCCGGGACAUCCAGGAGGCCGUGGAGUCCUGCCUGACCCGGGUCACCAAGCUGGAGCUGCAGCAGCAGCAGCAGCAGGUGGUGCAGCUGGAGGGCGUGGAGAACGCCAACGCGCGGGCUCUGCUGGGCAAGCUCAUCAACGUGAUCCUGGCGCUCAUGGCCGUGCUCCUGGUGUUCGUGUCUGCCGUCGCCAGCUUCAUCACACCCCUCAUGAAGACGCGCCUGCGCAUCACCAGCACCGCCCUCUUGGUCCUCGCCCUCUUCCUCCUCUGGAAGCACUGGGACUCCCUCACCUACCUCCUGGAGCACGUGCUGCUGCCCAGCUGAGCGGCCGGCCCGCCCCCACCCCGUGCUCUCCCGGGGCCCCAGGGUGCCCGCGCUUCUCCAGGAGGGACCCGGGCAUUCCCGAGUCCCCGGAACUUCUUCGUGUGUCUGGUUUGGCCUCUUGCCCAAACUGUCCAUUCUAGCAGCUCCUGCCCCCUUCUCCGUUCUCGCUUCUGUCUGCCGCCUUCCCCCCGAUGUUCUGAAGGGAGCUUCGAGGGCAGCCGCGACCGGAGACGGUGGGGACAUCUGUGGCCAAAGGGAGCAGAGGAGGACACCAGGAUGGACUGUUCCAGAUUAUUUAGUCACCCCAGGACUUCUCCCAGCUGACUCAGGAUGCGGCAAGUCAGGAAGGCCAAUAAGAAUAGGAACAGGAGAGGGCCAGGCCCCAACCCUUCUCCCUUCCAGGGAAGAGCCCAACCUGGAGGCUGGACAGUUCCCUCCUACAGAAAUGGCCAGGGUAGAGGUCAGAGGGCAAGGGUGGGGGUGGGGAGGGGUUCUGCUGGCCUCAGAGAAUGCCAGGGA